AUGUCUCAGUAUCUCGUACUAAGUUCGUUCAUUGCAUUUGUUCUAAUUUCAAUCAUUUAUUGUGAUACAAGUGUUAUUCGAGUUGUGAACAGUGGUUCAACAAAUACAGAUGGCUUCGAUAUCAAAAUAACACGUGACGGUAUAACAAAAUGGAUUGUGUACCCUCGUUCUCGUCCAUUUGGUAACAAUAAUUAUCAACCAACAGAAAAAGGAUUCAAAUUAUCACAAGAAUUUACGAACACAUUAUUCAAUCAAAUCGAAGGUACCAUGCCACUAAAUCAAUAUCCGGACACACGUUGUAUCAAAAGUGCAUCAUUUGGUUCCACACUUCGCGUUUCAUACAACGAUCAAACAUCACCCGAUUUAACUUGUCCAAUUGACGAUGAAAAAUUGGCAACAUUAUAUACACUAGUACGCGAUCUCAUAAAAAAAUUAUAUAUUAAUUAA